AUGGGAUCUGAGGGAUUUGAGCUGGUCGAUUUAGAAUCAUUCGAGUCGGGGUCUGUCGACUCCAGCUACUCGUUUGUGGGACUGAGUUUAGGCACAGCGAGCGAAGAGUCUGACCAUCCAGAAAGAAAUGGGGCAUCUGGCGGAAUUAGCGUUGAGCAGUUCUUUGAACAUUGCUUCGACUCCGGAGUCAGGGUGUAUCCAGAAAGCAAGUUCACAAAGGGUCCGUUUCUCGGAUCUGGUGCUACGAUGGCCGUGUAUGAAGGCACCUGGAAAGAGACGGGAAGUCCAGUAGCCCUAAAAUACUUCAAAAAUGCACUGUCGGUCAGUGGGAACAUCGCUCAGUCCUCCACAAAUGAGCAUCGCCGCUUGUUAGAGGCCGGUAUGCUCGAGCUGCGGGUCUUGUCAGAUACUCGUGCGAGAAGCCAUGAAAAUAUUGUCACUCUUCAGGCUGUGUCGUGGACUCUGCACGACGGUUUAAUCUACCCGAUUCUCAUCACAGAGUUGGCAUGCAAAGAGCAUCCGACUUUGGCAAGCCUAAUCAAAGACAUCUCGCUUCCUUUGGAUGCUCGGUACGAAUUAAUUCGAGAUGUGGUGGAGGGACUACUACUCAUCCACGACCGGAAAGUGGUGUAUGGGGACAUGAAGCCAGAAAACAUUCUCAUAUUUUUAUCACAAUCAUCUACAUCACGUUUGACGGCAAAGCUGUCCGACUUCGGAUUCUGUCAGGCGACCAGUACUUCUCGGCUCGAGGCUGGGGGAACACUGUAUUGGAAUGCCCCCGAAUGCUUGCACGAAGCUCCAACAGACCUGAAGGAACAUGCAUACACGACCAGUCGAGAUAUAUACACACUGGGAUUGUUGAUUGCUUAUAUACUAACGGGGGAAAGACCAUUUGGAGCACUCGGCAACGAAGGAAUUACGGAAAUGAAAUUGAAAAACCAAGUAUCCAAGUUGGUAUCCUCAAAGAUCGGGAACAUCAUGGAUGCUCCAAAUUCAGGGACAAAUCUGUUGCCCCAGAAGCUACUAGAGAUUGUCUCACUAACAGCCGUGGUAAACCCAAGAGAUAGACCGUCGUUGCGGGGAAUUCUCGAGGCAUUACUCCCGCACACCCAGAGGAGGGAACCACUCCCAGAAGUGCGCCAUAAAUGGCGUGUCGAAGGAUCCAUUCUCGCAACCCGGUUUUCCAGAUUAGCAUCUGGUAUAGGGAGUUGGAGCGCCGAGCCACAGCUCGAUACAUCGACCCCACCAGAACUGCGACAGCAACUUUAUGAGCAUGUGUUGAAUGUGGCCAGCCAUGGGGGCCCAGUGGACCAAGUCAAAGCGAUGGACCGCCUAGGAAUGUUUUUUCUCAAUGCCUUUGGAACACCUAAGAGUAUCCAGAAUGCUUUCAUGUGGUUUUGCCGAGCUGCCGAUAAUGGGUCUGUUAGAGGGAUGGAGAUGAUGUUUCGACUAGAGAAAGCAACGAAGGAUACCCCCAUGCCCCUGGUCGCAAGCAUAACGACGGAAACCCGGGCACAAUGGACAAUGACAUGUUUACUGGGAUCCCUCACGUCCUCUUAUAAUCCUCGACUAUGUCCAGAGUCUGUGGAUAUCAACGAUAUCAACUCGCGCGUGAACCAAGUGCUGAAAUCCAUAACCCCAACUGUGCUCUUGGACGCACUGCAAGACGACAUCGAGGCAAAUAUUAUAAUGUUGCAACUCCAGAACGACAAGAAUUCAAUAGUUGCGGAAAAGACGCUACAACAGAUCGAAAAGCUCUCGCAGGGCUCCUAUCACCUCCAGUGCAUACUGGAUGCAGUUUGUGACGACGACGAAGAGACCUUGGAUCGUAUACUCCAGCGAAAGGAACCUCUCCCGCCAGGCUUCCUUAACCUUUUAGUGACCCUGUCGGCAGAUAGAAAUCGCAGAAGUGCUCUUAGGAGUCUUAUUUUGAAACAUGGAGCAGACCCCGACACCAUCGAUACACAUAGUGGACGAGAGACCACCAGUCUAGUAGACGCAGUCUUGCGCGAUGACUAUGGCAUGACAGUGAUCUUGAUGAACUGUGGUGCAGAUACGAGCUGCCUGAUGGGUCGUCGGAUAAUGGAAUUCGUCAUUCAAAGGGGUACUCCAAUUAUGAUGCGGCUUUUCCUGACACACUGGCUCUCUAUCGAGAUCAAGUCUGACAAUGGCAAUCUCCAAGAUACCUCUAGUAUUUGUCACCAAUUUCUAGAUGGAAUCUACCCUUCAGCGACCGUGAUGUACAAUCAGACAGGAGUUCCUCCCGACUCUAACCAAUUACCACCUCUGUUCCACGCCGUUGCCUUUAACCUCCUUAACCAGCUACAGGUGCUUCUGAUAAACGGAGCAGACCCUAAUAUUCGCUUCAAUGGAAUCUCUCCCAUUCACGUUGCUGUCAGGAUGUUACGCCCCACAGCCUUACUUCUUUUGUUGGAGUUUGGAGCCAAUCCAAAUUCACGCAACUCGCGAGAGGGUUAUACAACGCCUUUGCACGCCCUUUCGCAAGAUUUCAUGUGCGUUCCACCGAGGAUUUUCGAAAGAACGAACCAAAGCGUCGAUUUCCUUGGUAGACGAUGGCAAACGGACAAACACGGCCAGGGAGAGCUGAUGCAACGGAGAUCUGUGAUAACCCAUCUGCUCUUGAAGUACGGUGCAGAUCCAGCAGCUUGUUGCAUUGAUGGAUUCACCCCAUUAAUGACGUCUAUGAUCAGUCCUGUUCCUGAUUCUGACUCGGUUUUCGCGUUGCUCGUCCAGGGCGGUAUAACCCUUACUGAUCGUACAACACGCGGCGAGACGAUUUUGCAUAUUGCUGCGCGAAUCAAAGAUGUUUCUUGGCUUCAAAGGAUUGUAUCUAUUGCUGGUCCGCAGCUAAUCAACUGCCGGGACAAUCUGCUCUCGACUCCAUUAUUCCUUGCAGCGCAGGAUGGAGAUUCCCCGGGGGCGCUCGAAAUUCUCCUUUCCAAUGGCGCUGACGUCAGUCUUCGGGGGAUGCUGAAUCUCUCCAGUCUUGACAUUGCGGUCUUGGAGGGAAACGGGGGUAGUGUCGAUGUCCUGUUGGACCACAUCACAAAGCUUCCAACCGGCGAGCGGCGCCGGCUACUCACCGCACGAGAUACCUGGGGAAGGACUUCUAUUCACAUAUGUCUAGCCUCGAAUGACUUUGAACUAGCAUGCAAUUACAUCCGCCGAAUUCUCAGGCUUGAGCGGUAUUUCUCCUAUCAUUUACUCACGUCCCAUGAUUACUUUGAAGCUACCCCCAUCGAUUACGCUUGCAAAGUUGGAAAUGAAGCAGCCUUAAGGGUGAUUGCACAAAACAUUGUUCCAAAAAGCCUUGGUCCUGUUCGCGUUGAAAUACUGCCUCCAUGGCGGAACCAUGAAUGCAAACCAGACGAGGAUCCGGUGUUAUCUUCGUUUAAAGUUUAUCAAUCAUUGCAAAAGGUCUUGAACGAACCAAGUCACAAAGACAUUGCCAGAUGUUAUGAUGCAUCUGAAUUCAGUCUGCCAGACAAGGAAUUGUCAGCCGUGGAAGAGGAAUGGGAAAGUUUUCUCAGAGACUGGCAAAGAGAGGACGGAGGCCAAAGCAAAAGAGUUCUCCUGUGUAUGAACUAUCUCGGAACAGUAACUGAGCGACAUGGGCGGUUAAAGAAAGCCCAAGGCCUUUAUUAUAAAGGAUGGACCCUUGCGCGACCCCUAUUGGGUGACCAGAGCGUUGUCACUCAAGAUUUUGCAUGCAAAUUUCUUCGUGUCUCCCAGGAUAGGGGAGUUCACGAAACUGUCAGCGCAGAUAUCGCAAAGUGGCAUAAGCUUCACGGACACAAUACACUCAAACCAAGUUAUUUCGAGUUCUGCCUUAACCCAGAAGAGGUGGAAGAAAUAGCUUCGAAGUUCAAGGCUCACGACAUCCAGGAUAAGGCGUCACGACAAUGUGAUCGAUUGAAAUGUGGCAAGAGAGCCAAUUUUGCUUGCCCAGGUUGCAGCUAUGUACACUAUUGCUCCGAGGCAUGCCGUGUCGCGGACAUGACUGACCAAAAUGUUCAACACCACUUAGCCUGCAUUCGCGCGGAACCUAUAUCAUCUUCUCUGGCACUUAAAUUCAUUCCACACAGCCCUGUGCAAAGUGGGAACCGUUCCCUUGCGCAGAAUCUUUGGAAUAGGUUCCGGAAACUGAGGCCUCGAGCACCGGAAACUUUACCCCCAUUGAGAAACUUCUUUACAAUUGCGCUGGGCGACGAAGAGGAGCUUACAACACCGGUUUACGCCCCAUUAGAACAGAAUCUCCUCAUCUAUUGGAGAGAAUCGGCACACGAGGUUCGCUGGGUCUCUGUGCAUACGACCUGUCAGUGGUAA